AUGAAAAAAUAUGGAUACAAUCAAAGUCAAGCAGACCACACCAUGUUUUAUAAACGUUCUAAGGAAGGUAAAACAGCAGUGUUGGUUGUGUAUGUUGAUGAUAUGAUUUUAACUAGUGAUGAUGAGGAUGAAUUAGCUAGUUUAAAGAAAAAGCUAAGUCAGGAUUUUGAGAUCAAAGACCUAGGGGCAUUAAAGUAUUUUCUAGGCAUGGAGUUCACAAGAUCACGAGAAGGAAUUUUUGUGAAUCAAAGGAAAUAUAUCCUUGAUCUACUAAAUGAAACAGGUCUUCUAGGUUGCAAAGCAGUUGAAACUCUAACAGAGGUGAAUCUCAAAUUAAAUCUUGCAAAACCAGAGGACAUAAUUGAAAAGGAGAGGUUUCAGUGUUUAGUGGGCAGACUUAUAUAUCUAUCACAUACUCGUCCUGAUAUAGCAUUUGCAGUCAGCAUGAUUAGCCAAUUUAUGCACUCACCAGGCCAAGAACACUUUGAAGUUGCCUAUAGGAUACUUAGAUAUCUAAAGGGAACACUUGGAAAAGGACUGAUGUUUAAAAAAUCUGGUCAUUUGCAAGUGGAAGUCUAUACCAAUGCUGAUUAG